AAUAUAUUAAUAAAUACUUACAAACUGAGGGCACAGGGCACAGGGCAAGAAAAUUCUUAUAUUAUUAAUUAUUUUGGUGGGCCAUUACGUGCACUGCUGGCAUGUUAUAUAAUGGUGAAAUCGGUGGAUCUACUGGUCCAUCUCCUUCUUCAACGGUCCCGCCAAGCUCCAGUCCUUUGCCACCAAGCCCCUUUAUAGGUGUUUGUUAUGGAAUGCUUGGGAGCAACUUACCAAACGCAACAGAAGUUGUAGCUUUCUACAAGCAGAAUAACAUCCAAAGAAUGAGGCUCUAUUAUCCAGACUCAUAUGCUCUCCAGGCACUUAGAGGCUCCAACAUUGAGGUCAUGCUUGGUGUUCGCAACUAUGAACUUCAACAGAUUGCUGCCAAUCAAACCUAUGCAGAUGAAUGGAUUCAGAUAUAUGUCAAGGACUAUGGUGAUGUCAAGUUUCUCUAUAUUGUUGUUGGGAACUUAGUGAGUCCUUCAGAUUCAUACGCACAAUUUUUAGUUCCUGCAAUGGAGAAGAUUCACAAAUCAGUUUCAGCUGCUGGACUUGAGAUCAAAGUAUCCACAACAAUCAACACAAGCGCCAUUCAAUCAUUCUUCCCUCCAUCAAAUGGCUCUUUCAAAUCAGAAUACAAGUUGAUGCUUGAUCCUGUCAUCCACUUCUUAGUGAACAGUUCAGCCCCAUUACUUGUUAACUUGCAUCCAUAUUUCAGUUACAUUAACAACUCCAAUGACAUGAGUCUCGAUUUUGCUCUCUUCACAUCUCCAUUGCCUGUGUUUCCAGAUCGUCAUUUACAAUACAGCAAUCUUUUUGAUGCACUUUUGGAUGCCAUUUAUGCAGCGCUUGAAAGGUCUGGUGGGGGUUCUUUGGAUACUGUGAUAUCGGAGAGUGGUUGGCCCUCAGCUGGUGGAAUGGCAGCAACCAUUGAGUAUGCAGGGACAUACAAACUCAACCUGAUACAACAUGUGAAAGGGGGGACACCGAAGAAACCCGGAAGGCCUAUUGAAACUUACAUUUUUGCCAUGUUUGAUGAGAAUAACAAAGAGCCGGAGCUUGAGAAACACUGGGGGCUUUUUUUACCAAACGAGCAGCCUAAACACCAGUCUCUUAUGACACCAAUAUUCAAGCCAAGCUCUGCUGUUUUAGACCCAGCAGUCCCUGCAUUGACUCCAAAUGGAGCAUCUCCUAAAGGAAGAAAAAACAGGACAGGAUUAUGGGUGGGGACAAUUAUUGGAGCAUGUGUUAUAAUUUCUAGCAUAGGUUUCACCUUGUUCAUUUUUUGGAGAAAGGUGAAAGAGAGUGAAUUAGUUGUUCUUGAUGUAUUUAGAAAUGGCAUGGGACCAUGGGAGUUCUCUUAUGAUGAAUUAGCUAAAGCAACAAAGAAUUUUGCAGAUGGAGAGAAGCUUGGUGAGGGAGGGUUUGGAGAGGUUUAUAAAGGAUUCUUGAGAGAUUUAAAUGCAGAUGUUGCAGUUAAAAGGGUCUCAAGAAGGUCUAAACAAGGGAUCAAGGAGUACACAUCAGAAGUGAAGAUUAUUAGCCGACUGAGGCACAAAAAUUUAGUGAAGCUCAUAGGUUGGUGCCGUGAAAAGGAACUUUUACUUGUUUAUGAGUUCAUGCCUAAUGGCAGCCUCGAUUCCCAUCUCUUCAAAGGAAGAAGCCAAUUGCCAUGGAAGCUUAGAUACAAAAUUGUGCAGGAUUUGGCAUCUGCUUUGUUGUAUCUGCAUGAAGAAGGAGACUUAUGUGUGCUACAUAGGGAUAUUAAAACAAGCAACAUUAUGUUAGAUUCAGCUUUUAAUGCUAAGCUUGGGGAUUUUGGAUUAGCAAGGCUAGUUGACCAUGAAAAAGGGUCUCAAACAACUCUUAUGGCUGGAACUAUGGGCUAUAUGGCUCCUGAGUGUCACACCAAAGGCAAGGUGAGCAAGCAGUCAGAUGUCUAUAGCUUUGGAGUUGUGGCACUUGAAAUUGCAUGUGGUAGAAGGUCCAUAGAACCUAGAUAUGAGGAGGAUCAGGUGUCACUGGUGGCUUGGGCCUGGGAUGCAUAUGAGAAACAAAUGCUUCUUGAUGUAACUGACAAAAAUUUCGGUGCAGAUUUUAAUGAGAAUGAGAUGGAGUGUUUGACACUUGUUGGACUCUGGUGCACCCAUCCUGUCCAUAGUUUGAGACCGCCAAUCAGGCUGGCGCUGCAGGUGCUUAGUUUUGAGGUACCACUGCCGAGUCUUCCAGCUAAGAUGCCCCUUCCGACGUAUGGUAUUCCAAAUACUUCUGAAGUCAGGACAAGUGAAACUUGUCUGUCAAAUCUGAACGUUACUAUUCCUCGUUAAUGAAGGAUGACACUGAACAUAAUUGUGUGUGUAUGUAAUACUCUGUCUAGUGUUUUCUUUUCCGUAGAAAUUGUGGCUCAUAUAUGGUAUGAUUUUUAUUUCUUGUAAAAUAUAUGCUAAAUUGCUAAUGAUUCCAUAUGUCAAAUAUAUAAGGAUUGGUGUUUGCUUUGCUUCCUUUGUAAUUUAAGUGCAGAAAGCUGACAUGCUUAUUUUUGUUUAAAAGGUUUAAGAUUAAAGAUUGGGUUUUCAG